UGGCACUCUGGCCUGGUGGGUGGUGCAGCGGUGGCUAUAAACAAAACUCCCGACUAGCAGAAGGCUGUGGCACCACAGCCCCAUAAAUCCACCCAAGAAGAAGACUUAGCAGAAGGGCAGCCUGAGAACUAGACAUGGCAUCAGUAUUACCUCUUGUUAUUGAUGGGAGUUACCUGGAAGGAGGUGGCCAGAUACUACGUAUGGGACUUGCUCUCAGUGCUGUUCAGGCCCUCCCAAUUACUGUCAACAAAGUGCGAGCAGGAAGGAGCACUCCAGGCCUGCGACCACAGCAUUUAACAGGCCUUCAACUGGUUCGUGACGCUUCUAAAGGGAGACUUGAGGGGGGGCAGAUUGGUUCCUGUGAAAUAUCCUUCUACCCAGGAGCUAUUUCUGGUGGAAGGUACCUUGCUGAUACACAGACUGCUGGGAGUGUUACAUUGCUUGUCCAGGCAGUAUUACCUUGCACUCUCUUUGCCGAUUCCACAUCAACCUACAAGCUAAGAGGAGGCACGAAUGCUGAAUUUGCUCCUCAGAUUGAUUAUUCAAUACAUGUUUUUAGGAGCAUUGUGUCCUUAUUUGGUUUGAACUUCACACUGUUUCUCAAUAAAAGGGGUUUUUAUCCCAGGGGACAGGGGGAAGUGUCCUUGGAAGUGAAGCCCACCCUGAAGCCUCUGAAGCCAGUGGACAUCACAGACUUUGGGGAGCUGGUGUCGGUUCAGGGAAUAGCCUAUGUGGCGGGGGCUCUUCCAAUAAAGGUUGCUCACAAGAUGGCCGAUGCAGCAGUGGACCUUUUGCAUAGAAGUUUACCACAGAAUGUUUAUGUCAGAAUAAACCGAGUCAAAGAGGAUCAAGACAGAGCUUUUGGAAGUGGGUCUGGCAUUGUAUUAUGGGCGAAAACCAACAGUGGCUGUGUCCUUGGUGGAUCUGCCCUCGGUAAGAGGGGCAGGGAAGCAGAGGAGGAUGGACAUACAGCAGCCACAGAGAUUAUAGAAUGUGUAAAGAGGCGGGCAUGUCUGGACAGUUAUGCUCAGGACCAGGUCAUAAUCUACAUGGCGCUGGCUGAGGGUAAAUCUAGGAUACGCACUGGACCAAUCACAAAGCACACAGAAACGGCAAUUUGGGUGUCGGAGAUGAUGACAAAGGCACGAUUCAACAUCAUCAAAGACGAAAGCAGUGAUUGUGUAACUAUAGAAUGUGAAGGAAUAGGUCUCAAAGCUGGGAAGCCAAGCUAAUGAUCAGUGUCUCCUAUCAAUGUUUCUUGUCAUGGAAUAGGGAUACGGAUGGUAUUUGCUGCUUGCCGCACUCUUCAUAUGAAGCUUUAGUGGAACAUACAGAAUAAUGGACAACAGGAGGAAAAAUGACAACUAACAAAACUUAAGCUAAUUGCAAGCCAAAGUAUGAGUGGCUUGUAAUCAUUCCUGGACCCCUUUAUGACUCCAAGCCUGUUGGGCUUCAGAAAAUAAUUAUUGUUCCCUUCCCAGGCUCUAGGGCCAAUGCAAUGGAGAUGAGCACAGAGGCCUUGUGCAGCUAUAGCAUAUACCCUCAGCUUUACCUUUACUUACCUCCCCCAUGCUUGGGCCCUGCCCAUUGUGUGGCAGAUGUGUAAGAAAGACUUAUUCUGCAUGGUAAUUAUUAUUAUUAUUAUUUUUUUUUUGUGCAUGAUCAAGUUGUGUAUUGUAUGUGCUGACUGACAUACCAUAUGAUACCCUAUUAUCCUAUGCAUUUGAAAUUCAUGACAUGGUUAAUGUUGAUUGAAACAGUAUGUUAUAUAGAUGUUAUAUAGAUGCAAUUACAACUAAUGAUUACCUUCUGAGAGAUUCAACAAGGUAAUUGUGCCUUGAUUUUCCAAACUAAUAUAAUUUUUCUGUUGAAAAAUAAAGGGAAUUCAUCAUCUUCAUAUUUACAAAGAAGGUUCCUAUUUGUGCAGCUCAGGUUACAUAAUUAUACAGACUGUGUGCCAAGCUGAUGUUUCCUGUCAUCUAUUGUGGUUCGAAUAUUGUUCAAUGAUUAUGUACUCAGCCUCUGUUUGCAUGUCAAAACACUGCUGAAAUAGUGUUCUAGCAUCAACUUUGUGUCGGUGACCUACAUUUGUUGUGGGAUAUGAUAAUAAUCCCAAAACUAAGUCAUUAUUUAUAUCAAACUGGAACACCUAAUCAUCUAGUAAAUGUUGCUACUCUAUUUAAACUCUACAUUAAAGGGAAAGUGCAUUCA